AUGUGUCGUCCUUCAUGCCGAGCUGCUGUCACACACUCAGCUGCUUCAGUCCCAUUCUGCACCAGCUUCACUCAGCCUAAGUCCAGCCUCACUCAGCCUAAGUCCAGCUUCACUCAGCCUGAGUCCAGCCUCACUCAGCCUAAGUCCAGCCUCACUCAGCCUAAGUCCAGCCUCACUCAGCCUGAGUCCAGCUUCACUCAGCCUAAGUCCAGCCUCACUCAGCCUGAGUCCAGCUUCACUCAGCCUAAGUCCAGCCUCACUCAGCCUGAGUCCAGCUUCACUCAGCCUAAGUCCAGCCUCACUCAGCCUGAGUCCAGCCUCACUCAGCCUAAGUCCAGCCUCACUCAGCCUGAGUCCAGCUUCACUCAGCCUAAGUCCAGCCUCACUCAGCCUGAGUCCAGCCUCACUCAGCCUGAGUCCAGCCUCACUCAGCCUGAGUCCAGCCUCACUCAGCCUAAGUCCAGCCUCACUCAGCCUGAGUCCAGCCUCACUCAGCCUGAGUCCAGCCUCACUCAGCCUAAGUCCAGCCUCACUCAGCCUAAGUCCAGCCUCACUCAGCCUGACAGCACAUCUCAUGCUGCGUUCAGCUUCUUACAGGUGUUUACCCACACACGGAGGGCAACCCUGGGCCAGCAAGGUUAUUUUAUCCAGGACUCUGAAUCUUUGGAUCGCUGCAUCCAGGCGGCUCUGUCAGCCCUCUACCCGCCAUUCCAGGCCACUUCCCCAACUGUCCUCUGUCAGGUCCUCAACGUGGUGGAGAGCUGCUACAGAGGAGAUGGUCUUCGCUACCUGAUCCACUUCCUGUUGCCUGCAAAGCAGUUCUUGGUAAACCUCCAACAAGAUGCAUGUUUGCAGCACUGUGGUUUCUUGUUUCGUCAUGAAGGCUGGCCUCUGUGUGUCCAUGAGAAGGUAGUAGUUCAGCUCUGUCCAUUGGAUCAGCGCCUCCUCUGUCCAGGAGACUUCUACCUGGUGGUUUCUCCUCCUGCAGCCACUCCUCCUCCUUCUCGAGCACGUGGUGCCUCCUUCAGGAGCACUGUUAGCUCCUUCCCCCGCCUGCUUCUGUGCAGCGUGUCAGCUGGCAGCCAUCAUGUGGAGCAGCAGGAGGUGCCGGAGAUAGCCCUACAGUCCCUCUUCAGCAUGGCCUGGCUGGACUCUGUCAACAGGGAGAGGGAGCAGAGAGGAGCGUCCCGACUGGAGCGAUGCCUGCUCUCUGCCCACGGGGACGUCUUCAGAGUCCCCUGGGAGGACCUGGUCUACCCACAAUUCAUCAGCCGGCACCGCACGUCCCUGCAGGAGGACAAGGAGUUGUCUGUUAAACAUGGAGAUAUGUUCAUUGAUAGAACACACAAUCCGUGUAGAGAUUCUAACACGUCAGGACAGAAUACAAAGCUCCUCCCACCAUCUUCAAAAACUGACCAGUCACCAUUGAGCAGCGAGGACUCGGAGGGCGAGUACGUGGAGCUGACAGAGCUCCCGCUGCCCCGCUUCUCACCGCAGAAAGGCUCCUUAACCCAGUCCAUCAGCCUGCAGCGUCGAGCCAGGACCGGCACACACACGACGACACACACACCUCACAGCACCACUGCUACAACACACAACACGACACACACACCUCACAGCACCACUGCUACAACACACAACACGACACACACACCUCACAGCACCACUGCUACAACACACAACACGACACACACACCUCACACACACAACACGACACACACACCUCACAGCACCACUGCUACAACACACAACACGACACACACACCUCACAGCACCACUGCUACAGCACACAACACGACACACACACCUCACAGCACCACUGCUACAGCACACACUCAUACCGUGGGUAAAACACUCUCCUCCUGGUCCUGUGUGGAGGUCAGUUCUCAAACUGGGCAUUGCUCCAGCCUCACCCAGGAGAACCUCAGUCAGGACCCCUCUAAACCUGUCAUUCUUACACCCACCCUCCCCACCUCCAUCCCCUCUGCUCCACCUGAAGUGGAGGGAGCCUCCACCUGUCAGAUUGAGCACUGGACGUCACAGGAGCAAAUAGAAGGUACAGAUUCAGGCAGGAGUGUGAAGCUUGACACUGACCAGGCAAACUACACAGAUCAGAGAGAGGAAGAGGAGGAAGUUAGGCGAGGAAGACAGGGGGAGACAGAGGCAGAGAGGGAGCAGGGAGACGUAAUGGAGAGACAGAUGGAGCCUAGAAGACAUGACAUUUUACUGCUGCGCAUGCACACUGAUGAAGAAGGAGGAGAAAGGGAGGAGGAGACAGAAGGAGAGAUGGAUGAGGGAGAUGGUGAAUUAGAGGAGGAUGGAGCAGAAGAGGUGGAGGUAGAAGAGGAGGUUCAGGUUAUAGUUGUGCAGCAGAGGCAAGAAAGAAGGCAGGAGGAGCAAGUGAUGACAGAAGGAGAGAGGGGAGGAAGAGAAGGAGAGAGAGAAGGAGAACAGAGAGAUGAGAAAGCAGAUUUAUGUUUGAACACACACUCUCAGGACUCUUAUUCUGAAAGCAAGACACUUCAGACACACUCUGAAAACUCUUAUUCUGAAAACCAUAUUCCACAAGCUAACUUUGAGGACCCUUAUUCUGAAAGCAAGUCACUUCAAAAACACGCUGAGGACUCUUAUUUUGAAAGUAACAGACAAGACAGACCCUUUCAUGACUCUUAUUGUGAAAACCACACACUAGAAAAACAUUUUGAUGAAUCUGAGUGGAGCUCUGAACACACACACACUAAAGAGUCCAACACACCAGCGAUGGAUCCUGACUCACUUUGGACUGAACAGUCUGAAAAUGGACCACAAAAACAGGAGGAGAAGAAGGAGGAAGAGGAGGAGCAAGAGGAGAGCAGCUGUGAGGAGGUUGGUGGAGGAAGAACUGCAGAGCUUCAGACUGAAGGUCUCAACAGUCAGUCACAUGGCGGUGUCUCUACUGGUCCAGGUCCAACAGAACCAGAACCACCAGCAGCCUCUCCAGAGUCAGCUGCUCCCACAGCCCAGUCACAGCUUACCAGGCCCUCCCAACCCCUCCACUCCCAGCAGUCCAGCUUCUACAGUGUGCUGCUGAGAUCUGGAGCUCUCUGUCUCCCAGGAUCCAGAGACCGGAGCGGUCGAGCUCUGCUGACCGUCUGUACCAGGAACUCUGUGUGGUCGAACCCUGACUGUGACAGCGCCGAGCUGCUCCGCCUCCUCCUCUACUACACCUCCACCCUCAGGAAGGAGGUGCAAGCAUUGGGGCUGACGGUCCUGGUGGAUGCCCGCAGAGCUACUCCUGCAUCCGCCCUGUUCUCCGCCCUCAGGUCCCUGCACGAUGACACACCUUGCUCGGUCCACAUUGUGCUCCUGCUGGUCAACAAAGACUCGUCUCUACGUCUGGACAAACCUGCAGCCAUACAGGUGGAGGUGUUGAGCUCUUUGAAGUCUGUUCAGAAGCAGGUGGAGCUGCAGCAGCUUCCUGCAGAGUUCGGAGGGUCCUUGAGCUUCAGUCAGAGCAGCUGGCUCUACUUCAGAUCGAGAGUGGAGCAGCUCACCAAUCAGUGUAAGAACGUCAUCAAGCUGCUGCAGAAAACCAUCAACAUCCUGCGCUCCACACCACUCCCUGCUGCAGCUCAGGAUGCCGAGCUACUGUUGUCCAGGUACAAGGCGGUGAUGCGUAGCAUCCUUGAAGACAGCCGAUUGGUACAAUUGCAGCAGGAGGGUGGAGCCACUCUUUCGUGGCUUCGCAGGGAGGAGAGCAGCUUGGGUGUGAGUGAAGACCAGCGGGCAGCGGUGGAGGCGGUGUCGACUCUGUACGAGGAGGUGGACGAGCUGCUGCACCGCCUGGUGACUCUGUCCAACUCCAGGACUCAGCAGCUCAACUUCAUCCUGGAGUUCAGGAGCCUGGAGCAGGGCUUCAGGGAGGUGAGGUCGUGGCUGGAGGAGGUCGGGGAGCUUUGUCUGAAGAGUCUAAAUGAACCGGAGGAUUCUCUGGAGCUGCUGAACAAAAAGCAACAAGAUUUUGAAGAAUUCCACAGGACUGCAUAUGAUGAGUGUAGACGAGGCGAGGAGCUGUUGGCUCGUCUGGAGCGUUGGGGCGACAUGUCGUCAGCUGACCUCCAUGGCUACGAGGUCAAAGUUCACACUUUCUGGGCUCAGCUUCAUGAUUUCUCCCAGCGGGUCAAGACCACGGGCCAGAACAUUGAGCGGGCCGUCGGACUCUACCGCUUCUUAGACCAGGUGUAUGGCUGGGCUCUGGAGGGUAUGCGUCACUUAGCUGCAGUCAGUAUGGAGGACUGCACGCUGCCAGACAAAUGCCAGGCUGUGAUUGGCUGCCUGGAGGACUACCACCGCCAACACCCACCAAUCCCAGAUGGCCGUUUUGAGGAGAUGAAGGCGGUGGCAAGUGAGCUGCGGGGUGAGCGAGGCCUUCGUCAGUGGAGCUUCGCCUGGUCCAAGUGUCAGGAGACUAAGAAGAUGUUUGACAGGAAGAUGGAGGCAGCGCUGCGGACACGUGACUCCACCCACAGACAGCGCUCAGACUCCACCCUCAGCAGGAGCUCCACCUCUUCCAGGAAAACCCUUUCAGGACUCUGGGCAGUCCAUGAGACCUCCUCCUCAUCCUCCUCCUGCCCUGCUGAGGAGGACAUCAUCACUUCCUCUCCUCCACCUAACAGCUCCUCCUCCCUGCUCCCCAUCACCUCCACCCCACACACCCCCCAGCACACCCCACUCCUCAAGCGUUUGUUCCGCAGCUCCUCCUCAGAGGAGUCCUCGGACCGGGUAGACAUCUGCUCCUCCAGUCCCAGCCUCCCCCGCCUUGGCUCCUUGGCUAGCUCCUCCUCCUCCUCUCUCUCCUCCACCUUCUCUUCCAGCAGGCGGCAGCAGCUCAGGAAGACUCAGAGCUUCGACUGUCCCUCCACCCCCGACGUGACGCGCUACGGUUCUCGCGCCCUCAGUGAGCCGGUGCGGCGAGGAAACACGGGUGUGUUCAUCCGUGGUCUGGAAGUCAGCAGCUCUGAGGCAACUGACCACACGCUGUGCCCUAGGACCGGUGCACAAAGCUGGUCAGGACAGGGGCUCCGCAGCCCUGGGACACCUGGAACACCCAGAACCACCGGCAGCCCGGCAACAGACUCCCGACCUAGAGGAAGUAAGCUCCGUCACGUGGUGGAGGAGAUGGUGACCACAGAGAGGGAGUACGUUCGCUCUCUGCGUUACAUCAUCCAUCACUACUUCCCUGAGAUGGACCGAGUCGACCUUCCUCAGGACCUGAGGGGCAAGCGCUCCGUCGUCUUCGGUAACCUGGAGAAACUUCUGGACUUCCACAGUCAGUUCUUCCUGAGAGAGCUGGAGUCCUGCUGGAAACACCCGCUGAGAGUGCCACACUGCUUCCUGCGACACAAGGAGCAGUUCAGUCUCUACGCUCUCUACAGCAAGAACAAACCGAAGUCUGACACUCUGCUCGCCAACCACGGGAACUCCUUCUUCAGGAGGAAGCAGGUGGAGUUGGGAGAUAAGAUGGACCUGUCAUCGUACCUGUUGAAACCCGUUCAGAGGAUGAGUAAAUAUGCUCUGCUGCUCACUGACCUCAUGAAGGAGGUGGGCGUGGCUCGGGAGGCGGAGCUUGUGGCUCUGCAGGCUGCCACCAACAUGGUCAAAUUCCAGCUUCGCCAUGGCAACGACCUCCUGGCAAUGGACGCCAUCCGAGACUGUGAUGUGAACCUGAAGGAGCAGGGUCAGCUGAUUCGCCAGGAUGAGUUCACUGUCUGGACUGGGAGGAGGAAAUGUCAGCGUCACGUCUUCCUGUUUGAGGAGCUCGUUCUCUUCAGUAAACCCAAGAAGAUGGAGGGAGGGCUUGACGUCUUCAUCUACAAACACUCCUUCAAGACAGCAGAUGUGGGUCUGACAGAGUCCUCAGGUGACAACGGGCUCCGCUUUGAGAUCUGGUUCAGAAGAAGGACGUCCAAGAAUCAGACCUUCAUCCUUCAGGCUGCCACAGCUGACGUCAAACUGGCCUGGACCACCGAUAUCGCUCGAAUCCUGUGGACCCAGGCCACCAGAAACAAAGAGAUGCGUCUGAAGGAGAUGGUGUCAAUGGGAGUCGGCAACAAACCGUUUUUGGACAUCCAGCCGAGCGACGCCGCCAUCAGUGACCGAGCUGUUCACUACAUCAUGAAGAGCCGAGGUGCCAGAACGCGAGCAUCCAUUGCUGUCUCUGUCUUCGACCACUCAAACCCUUUCAAACGAGGGACGGUGACCUCUGACCCCUUGUCACCAUCAGGCCCGUCUUCAUCCAGCCUGCUGGGGCCGCUCAACCUGCACAUGUACAGCCAAACCCUGUCCUCCUCUCCUGCUGCUGAAAGCUCCUUCAUCACCUCCUGUAUUGAGGAGGACGAGCAGGAGCACGAGACCAGCAGCCAGCCCUCCAUGACCACAGAGAGUUCUGGUUCGUCGUCUCGCUGUCUGUCCGGCUCCACCGGCUCUGACAGCGGCUGCGUCUCCUCUCACCUUCGGGAGGCGCUGACCGAGGAGCCCAGUCCCUCCAGCCAGCCCUCCUCCUCCUCCUCCUCCUCUUCCUCCUCCUCUUCCUCCUCCUCCUCCUCCAACAGACAGCACCUCAACAACCAGUACAUUUCACCUAAAGCAGCUCCGGUCAUCGGCCCGGCCACCAUCGUGUGAAUCAGCUGACCUGUAGGACUCAACUGUCAGUCCUGGUCCUGCUGCAGUGUGGACGUCCUGAUUGGUCAUCCCUAUUGUUCGUGUGUGUUCUGUAAAUAUGAACUGUAAUAAUUGAUAUGAAUUGUUAGUUGAUCACUUCUGUAUUUUGACUUGUCACAGCUCAUCCAGGUGUUUGUGUGUGUGUGCGGGCUGGUCUGAGGUCAGCUGUACUCACUGUACAUGUGUGUAAAUACACAGCUCAUGUCUGCUGUCACUUUCUUACUUGAGUAAUAAAGUUUGUUCAAACUGA